AUGUCUGACCACCAGUACAAGUUUGGGGUGACUAUGACCUGUGGCGGCUGCUCUGGUGCCGUAGAGCGUGUCCUUAAGAAGCUGGAAGGCGUCAAGUCCUUCGAUGUCAACCUUGAGACUCAGUCUGCCAAUGUCAUCACCGAGCCUACUCUUUCCUACGAUACCGUGCUGGCAACAAUCAAGAAGACCGGCAAGGCUGUGACUAGUGGAGAGGCAGAUGGGCAGAACAAGGAGGUCUGA